GGGGGCGGAGCCUAGGUGACAGGAGGAGGAAGAGGAGGAAGAAGAGGUGGAGAAAGCCGAGGCUGUGAACGGAUGACAGUUGUGUCAGAAGCAGACAACAUUGCGGAAGGAUUCCAGUGAUUCAGCCAGAACUUCUUCCCGUGUAGUUGGACCUGGGUAGGACAUGGCAUCAGAUUCAUUCACUUCAUGGUAGAGCUCUAUGUUUUUCGGCUGCCGCGGUGCACAACCCAGACUGUCAGAGGAUUUCUUUAAAUCAGAUGGGUCAGGCACUUUGGAGGCUUUCUCCCAGACAACAGCAGCAGCUUCAGGAAGAGCUGGCCGACCAACUUGCUGAAAGAGGAGGUGGAAAACAAGAGCAUGGCAGGGAUGGAGGAGCACCGAGAAGAGCUGCACAGCACUGCUACAGCCCCGACAUUUACCAUCUGCUAAGAACUCGGAGAGGAGGUAAAGAGCCGCCUGGUUUCAUAGACCUGGAGAUGCUUCCGCCUGAACUGGGCAUCACCAUUCUGUCAUACCUCAAUGCUACUGAUCUGUGUCUGGCUGGCUGUGUCUGGCAGGACCUGGGGAACGACGAGUAUCUGUGGCAGGGGCUGUGCAAGUCCACAUGGGGACACUGCUCAAUCUACAACAAAAGACUGCCUGCAGGUUUUUCCUAUCGCAGACUUUACCUGCAACUAGAUGAAGGCAGCCUGACCUUCAAUGCAAAUGCCCAGGAGGGUAUCAGUUAUUUCAUGUCUAAAGGUAUUCUAGUGGAUCAUCCAAAAGAGCUGGCAAAAUUCAUUUUUUACACCCGGAGGCUCAACUGGAAGAUGCUGAGGAUUUAUCUGGAUGAGAGGCGGGACGUCUUGGAUGAAUUGGUGACCCUACAUAACUUCAGUAACCAGUUCCUCCCGAAUGCUCUGCGAGACUUCUUCAGACACAUUCACGCCCCUGAAGAGCGAGGAGAGUAUCUGGAGACCCUCAUCACAAAGUUCAGUCACAGGUUCUGCACCUGCAACCCGGCUCUUGUGCGCGACCUUGGCCUUAAUCCUGAUGCCGUGUAUGUGCUGUGCUACAGUCUGAUCCUGUUGUCCAUCGACCUCACCAGCCCGCACGUGAAGAACAAGAUGUCAAAGAGGGAGUUCAUCAGGAACACGCGCAGAGCUGCACAUAACGUCUCCGAGGACUUUGUAGGCCAUCUUUACGAUAACAUUUACCUGAUUGGUCACGUGGCUGCGUAGCUCCGCUUUCGACACCCCUGUAAAGCACUGAAGGAUAGGCAUUAAUACCUGAGCUACAUGGAAAGCAGAAUGAUUUUUUUUAGCAAAUUUCAUGUUCGACAACCUGUCCGUUUACCUCGGGUUGUAAUAACUCCUAAACGUUGCCACUCCACUGUGAGAGAAAGUGCGAGAGAACGUGUGCUACUAAAUACUAAUAGUGAUUUAAGCUUUUGAUUAAAGGUGACGUUUUGACAAAGUAACUUUAAAAAUAGGAAGUUUGGAGGAGGACAAGCUCUGAUAAUGCACUGACUCACGAGAACGGUGAGAGGAAGAAUGAAGACGAGGAGGAGGAAGCACUGCCAGCGGUGCGCUGAAGAAGCCACAGCAGUCACAACAUGAUCCCAACAUAUUCUUUUUAA